CGGGAGAGGGCAGCACGUCAGUGUUAUGGUUGACAGUGGGAGGUGAACACUGGCGCAAGUGUCAUGCAGUAUACCUACCACGUGUGACGUGUUGAGCCUCUUAACUUGGUCACAUUAUCGGCACCAUGCCUGAGGAAGAGGCCAGAGCUGAUAAUCGCGUUAAAUGCGGCAGUAGAGAAAGGGUUGUGAGUGUAGGAGGGAAAGCAUUGGUGUGUGCGAGUGAAUCCCGUGUCUCGGGUAAGGACACCAGGACCGCUGACCCCGAUAACUUGCCUCAGCUGGCCGCUCACCAGCUGCCACCUCCCACUACACACACUCAGAAACAUAGUAAUGAAUUAGCGUGUGCACUCCAAGUGCACGCUGCUGAAGUGUGUAGAGUGAAUGGUGACUGUAGGUAUAAAACAGGUGACCACAGGCCGUACCUUGGAUACAACCGUAAUUCUCCAGAUGUUUCGGCUAAUGAAACCUCCGAGAAGAAUAAUAGAGCGACUUCAAGAUACAAAUUUUUUCUACCCACUGAGGAAGAGACUGGGUACAGUAGUGGGGGGGAAGGCGAGGAGGCUACCACUGUAACGUCGGCACCUGGGGCAUGUGGCAUUCCCACUCCUGGGGCAUUUAACCCCCCUACCACCACCCUUCUGCCAGCAACGCCCCCAGACACAUGUCCAACCGGGAGGCAGCUACAGGGACCUCAUCAUUUAUUCACCAUCGUUCCUGUUAAUAGUAGUGAGCUGCACUCGGAGCACGGAGGUGAAUCCGAGUCUUCGUUCCGUGCUUCACCCACCCCAGCCCACAAUACAGACCAGGUCAUCUGCCCCUACCUGACCCGAACUGCUGCCUCGCAAGCUGGCGCUCCGCACUCUACCUAUAACACCAACUUAAGAGGGGCCGUCAUGGGCCGACGGUUGCUUAACCCAUACCAGGCCAUGGCAGGUGCUAGUACAGGCCUCACAUCCUAUAACACCUAUAGAACUACGGGAUCAAGUUUAAGCCCGGCUUCCUAUAACCCCUACCAGACUAUGACGGGGGCUAGAAUGAGCGCAACACACUAUAACCCUUUCCAGGUCGUGUCCGGAACGGAAACGGACCCUUACAACCCCUACCACACCAUCUCUGGUAUGGUGCCAUCUUCCUACCAGCGCUCAGAGUACGGUCUACAGCGAGUGCCUACCUAUUCUCGCAGAGAAUAUGGUGUUGGUGGGUCGACGUGUUUUCAGACUCCGCCAUAUAAUGGGGUGAGUGACGUACCACCAUCCCUGGCGUCUGUGGUGAUGCCUAGGGGACACAUGUCCCCAGUGUCCCCUAAUAAGAGUCCACUGGGUAAAGAAUUAGGCAACCGGCCAGUAACGAUAAACAGGGUAUCCACCAUGCCGGCCUACACUAAUCUCAACCACUUGUCGCUGCGGCAGACGUCGAGUCCGCAAGAGAGCUUGGCCCGCCUCCCGCACCUCUCGCCAGAACAGCUUACGUUUCAGUCUAUCAAUCAGUUGACUGUGCGAUCAGCGGGCGGCCUCAGUGUUGACGUAGGCAGCACUGACGGCCGCAACGUGACGGUACACGGAGCAGUCAUCUCCCCGGAGCAGCUUCCCUUCAUCCCAUCAGUCGACAGGGGCUGGCAGGAUGAUCCAAGACGCUCCAAGGGCCUGGAGGCUCGUCAGACCUGGGGCAAUAAGGCCCAGUUCGUCCUGGCCUGUGUGGGCUCGGCCGUUGGCCUGGGCAACCUCUGGCGCUUCCCUUACCUAUGCUACAAGAGUGGUGGCGGUGCAUUUCUCAUCCCAUACUUCAUCAUGCUGUUUAUCUGUGGCAUCCCCCUACUGCUGAUGGAGCUGACUGUGGGCCAGUACACACGAAGGGGACCCGUGGCUGCACUGGAGAAAAUAUGCCCUCUAUUCAAAGGUGCUGGAGUAGGAAGUGUGGUGAUAUCCUUCAUGCUGUGUACAUACUAUAACGUCAUCAUUGCAUGGGCAAUAUUCUAUCUUGUGCAAUCCUUUUAUGCCGAAUUGCCGUGGAGUAAUUGCAACUCUACGUGGGCUGUAAACUGCUUUGAUGAUUAUGGCCCGGGGGUUGAGGCACCAAAUGGAACUAAGUCUGCAACUGAAGAGUUUUUUGAUGAAGUGGUUCUACAAAAGAGUGACGGAAUUAAUGAGAUGGGGUCCAUGAGGAUCGAGUUGCUAGUGGCAUUGUUUCUCGCAUGGCUUCUUGUCUACUUCUCACUUUGGAAGUCUGUCAAAUCUUCAGGCCGUGUGGUAUAUGUGACAGCAACUGUUCCGUACUUGCUGAUCGGUGCAUUCCUCUGGCGAGCAUUGACACUACCGGGUGCCAACAAAGGUCUUCAAUACUUCUUUGGACCUCGAUGGGAGCUUCUACUGAAAGCUCAGGUGUGGGUAAAUGCAGCUGCCCAGAAUUUCAACAGUAUAGGCAUUGCCUUUGGAUCAAUGAUAGCAUUUUCAUCUUACAACAAGUUCAAUAACAACAUAGUAGUGGACACCUGGAUCAUCAGUCUCGUUAAUGCAUUCACAUCAUUGUUGGCUGGCAUGAUCGUCUUCUCUACACUCGGCAAUAUUGCACUGGAACAAGGGAAAGAGAUCGAUGAUGUUGUUGCGGAAGGUCCUGGACUAGUGUUCAUGGUGUAUCCACAAGCUCUGGCCAAGAUGCCAUAUGCCAAUCUUUGGGCGAUUUUGUUCUUCAUGAUGCUUCUUAUUUUAGGCCUUGACUCACAGUUUGCUACAGUUGAGGUCAUCAUCACAUCUCUUCAGGAUGGAUUCCCAAAAUGGAUUCAGAAAUACCUUAGGCAUCACGAAGUCUUGGUCUUGGUUGUCUGCCUCGUAUCUUUCUUCUUUGGCCUUCCCAAUGUCAUGCAAGGUGGCAUAUAUUUUUUCCAACUGAUUGACUACUACGCUGCAGCAGUGUCGUUAAUGUACCUGGCCUUCUUUGAAGUGGCAGCCAUUGUAUGGUUUUAUGGUGCAGAUCGGCUAGCAAGAAAUGUACGAGAAAUGACGGGCCGUUUGCCGUCUAGGUACUUUCGAUUUUGUUGGUACUUUGCUGCACCAAUGUUGAUCUUGGCCAUCUGGAUAUUUUCAAUGGUGGACUACAAGCGACCAACGUAUAACAAAGGAGAAUACAGCUAUCCAGAUUGGGCUAUUGCUCUUGGCUGGGUGAUUGCUGCUCUCUCCAUUGUACCAAUCCCAAUUUUUGCAGUAAUAGCUGUUUUUAAUGCUAAAGGAACCAAUUUAUUAGAGAAACUGAAGCGUUCCAUUCGGUCUUCUAUUGAUGAAUGUCCAUGCUGUGGUCGGGCAUUCAACUGUUUAGAUGAAAUGCACACCCAUGGAGAUGACUGUUUUGAUAACCAUAUGACGUUGGUAGUUUAUGGUCCACAAGAGAGUAAUGUGGACAACAAAACUGACUAUAUUGCUAAACAGAGUAGUGAAGAAAUUGCUUGCACAAAAAUGAAUGGGGAAACAAACACAUGAAGAUCUAAUUCAAUGGAUUGUAAAUUGCACUGCAUAACAGUACUGUACAGUGUAUUAAUACAUGAAUAGAGAAUUCAGUAUACAAAAAAAAUUAAUAUUGAAAUAAACUGCUGGAUGGUUUGUAACUUUGAAAAAGUUACUCUUGCAAAAUGCUCAAAAGCCAUAUACCAUACUGAUCACAAAAGUUUAUGCUCUCAAACACACGUACUGCUUUUCACUCUGUUGAUUGUUAGUUUUAUCUCAUUUUUGUUUUGCUCAUUCAUCGUACAAUUUCAUUUAUGCAUUUUUAUCACACAAACACACACACAGUCUUGUCCGUUUGCAAUGCCACUUUAGCUUUUUCUUUAUAUACUGCCAUUUAUGUAUUCUUUCAAAGUGUAUUUUUCUCUUCCCUCAUUGCUAUUUUCCUGUCAUUAGGGAAAUGACAUACAAAAUGUUAAUAUUUGUAAUCCUAGACUAUUAAAUUUCUCAGUACAGUAUCAGAAUUCACAGAUUCUUAAAUCUACCGUUUUUCUUUUAUAAUGCAGUAUUUUUGCUUGUAGAUAUUUUAAUAAAAGUAAUGCAUACGUACUGUACUGUAUAUAAUGUAUGUGUAAAUAUAUAUAUAUAUAUAUAUACAGUAGGAAUAUAAAUACACACAUACUGCUUAUACAUGUACAUUGACAUAAAGAUAAUGCAGUAUAUGUCAGCAGCCAGGUUUUGAGUAUAUCUACCAUGGCAGUGUUGAAGAAAAGUAUUACGUCUGAAUGGUUGACUAUUUAAAAUAAACAUGUUACUUUGGAAUAUUUUUAAGUGGUCCUUAAAAUAACUAAUUAAUAUAAUGUCAUUUACAAAAUUAUUUUACUAGCUUUUUCAGAUAAUACAAAAAUAUUUUUGUACUGUAUAACGUUUUUAAAUUUUUUGUAGCGAAUGAGUUUAUUACAUUGAAUCAAUAUCCGAAGCUUUGUUAAAAUGUUUUGCUAAUAAUAGUAUUAUUAUUAUUGUCAAUAAUGUAUUAGGUUAAUCCUCAACUGCUCCUAUAAAUUUAGUUUUGUACAAUUUUUAGUCAUAGUAAAGCACUAGUUAUGCAAUAUUUCUAGUUUUGUUUAUAAAUGAAUUUAGAAAACUUUAGUAAAUUUUUACUGCUGUAACUGGCAAUGUGUUUUGUAAACAGUUUGUUAUGCGUGGUACAGUAUUUACGCUAUUUUUUUACACAAGCUUCUUAAAGACUCGGUGUGUAUAUUUUGUGUGAAAAUUUCAUAUUCAUCACCUUAGAAGUGAUUCAAAGAAUUUUUAAAUAAGAUUGUCGUAAGAUUGAACUUGCAAUAAAUAUUUAAAUCCAA